CAGAUAGACGACCCGAGACCCCUUAUAGAUUUAAAAAGAGACGCUGCAUUCUCAGACUGACAUUCAUUCAGCACUCACUGCCACCUUUUAAACAGAUUUACUCUGUUCGCUUAGCUGCUAGUGUCAAUUCCCGAUACCUUGUUCACUUCACUUCGUCUCCAGCAGCACCAUGCUCAGGAUGCUACAGAAACUCCGUCUCCAGCCAGGGAUCAUUAUAUUAUUGAUAUGGCUCUGUCAUUUCAUGGAAGAUCAAAAAGUACAAGCUGGCAACUGCUGGUUACAGCAAGGGAAGAACGGGAGGUGUCAGGUGCUCUACGUGCCGGGGAUGAGCCGAGAGGAGUGUUGUCGAAGCGGGAGGCUGGGCACGUCAUGGACCGAGGAGGAUGUACCCAACAGCACCUUGUUCCGGUGGAUGAUCUUUAACGGCGGAGCCCCUAACUGCAUACCCUGCAAAGGUUCACGUUUUAUUAGUCAAACGUGUGACAACGUGGACUGUGGACCCGGAAAGAGCUGCAAGAUGAACCGGAGGAGUAAGCCGCGCUGCGUCUGCGCUCCAGACUGCUCCGACGUCACCUGGAAAGGACCUGUCUGCGGAUCGGAUGGAAAGACAUACAAAGACGAGUGCGCGUUGCUCAAGUCCAAAUGUAAAGUCCGUCUGGACCUGGAUGUGCAGUACCAGGGCAAAUGCAAGAAGACCUGCCGUGACGUCUUGUGCCCAGGAAGCUCCACGUGCGUUGUGGACCAGACAAAUAGCGCGUACUGUGUGACCUGUAAUCGGAUCUGCCCUGAACAGACGUCACCGCAGCAGUUCCUGUGUGGCAACGACGGCAUGAUCUAUGCCAGCGCCUGCCAUCUGAGGAGGGCGACAUGUCUCCUGGGAACAUCCAUAGGAGUAGCAUACCAGGGGAAAUGCAUCAAGGCCAAGUCGUGCGAGGACAUCCACUGCAGUGUGGGGAAGAAGUGUCUGUGGGAUGCCAGGAUGAGCCGAGGCCGUUGCGCCCUCUGUGAGGAGGCGUGUCCAGAGAGCCGGAUUGACGAGGCGGUGUGUGCCAGCGACAAUACCACCUACCCCUCGGAGUGUGUUAUGAAGCAGACUGCCUGCUCUCUGGGAACGCUCCUGGAGGUUAAGCAUUCAGGAUCUUGCAACUCCAUAACAGAAGACCGUGAAGAAGAGGAGGAGGAGCAAGAAGAUCAGGACUACAUGGUUCACAUCCAUCUGUCCCCCUUAUUGGUUGGAUAAGCUGUCUAUCAUAUCCACAUGCUCUCCUUAUUGGUUGGAUAAGCUGUCUAUCAUAUCCACAUGCUCUCCUUAUUGGUUGGAUAAGCUGUCUAUCAUAUCCACAUGCUCUCCUUAUUGGUUGGAUAGGCUGUCUAUCUACCUGCCUGGUCUCCACGAAGGGAACAGUCCUAGGGCCAGGUCUCAUGUUGUCCAUACUGUACAAUACAUAUGUAUAUGCUUAUUUAUACAUAUUGUUCAGUUCUGCUAGGUGUUUUAUUUAUACUGUGUUUUGUGUUAUAUUUUUUUAAAUAAUUUAUACAUUUACAAUGUUCAGGAUUACUGUGUACCAUGUUAUUGUUACCACUAGUUUCUAUUGGUGUUGUUGUUGUCCUGUUUGUUUUUCUCUCCCUUCCUUCCUUCCUUCCUUCCUUCAUUUUUUUUUUCGAUAUAUAACGAAGAAAACGAUAUUUCUCCAAAGAGAAGCAGUGUUAUUUAUUGGGUGAAGUAUCCGUCUCUCAUGACUCCCUGUGGUGUACUAACCUACCUAUGUUCAAAGUGUUAGAUAUCUCUAUCACAGAUGUUUAUCAUUCACACAUCAAUGCAUCAAUGCUUUAGCCUACUGUGUGUUUAUUUAUGGGGGGGGGAAUCUGAUCUGUCAAUCAUUUAUGUACAGAAAUGUUUUUGCUUUUUUGUUUUUUUGUUUAACCCAUUAUUAUAACUCGCUAGAGGGACAGUUGUUAGGGGUCAAAUCUAUUUUAAUUCCAAUGCGUUUUCAGGAAGUAAACCCAAAUUUAAAAAAAAUGUUCCUCAUUGAAGAGAAUUGGAAUUUCAGUGUACUUCCUGAAUUGAAUGGAAUUGAAAUGGAAUUGAAUUCCCACUUGGUUAUGAAUGAAGCCUUAGUUACUCCCUCCCCUACAAUGUCUUUCCCCAAUGGAGAUGUCUGUCUAACCAAAACAUCACCCACAGUAGCAGUAUUUUUUUUAUUUUACAUGUUAAUAACAGAUAUGUUUUUUUUUGUGUGUGUGUGGGGGGGGGCGCAACACUUGAUUUUUGUCACAAGAUGUGCCAUGAACAUUUGUGUGCUGCCAAUGUUGUGCUCCAUGUAGCUCUUGCAGAGCUCACCUGACUGAAAUGCUAUAUACACACACUGUAUUAAACCUCAUCACUUUGCUUUUCUCAUAUUGCCCCUUGUUCUUCUCAGAAUGCAUUUUCAUUGUUAACAAGAGAAAUACUAAAUUCUGUUAUAAGUAUAUAGUUAUUUUUUAUUUUUUAUGUAGAUGUCAUAUGUACAUACAGAAAGUAUGAUGGUAUUUGUACAGAUAUGAAGAGUAAAACAAUAAAAAAUGUUUUUUUUUCCUUUA